UUUAAAUCAGAACAUUCCACCGCCCAUCAGUACCCCGGAGUCUCUGCUCAGUCAGACUUCAGAUCAGCAUAAAGGCGAAGAUAUAACAUCCAUGUUCAAACAAUUCUUUUCGAAAGCUGCAAACAGCAAGCCACAGACGAGUGAAGCACCUGCUGCAAGUUGGAACCCGAGUUGGACUGCUGCCAGCAGCAUAGGAUCUAUGUGGGACAUGCCGAUUACAAAGCCAGAAAUGAAGACAGAACAGCAGAUUCUAGAGGAGCAGUUGAGGCAGCGUAAAGAGGCUGAGGACAAAGAGAUCCGUGAAAAGGAGCAAAAACGACAGAUCGAAGAGGCUCAACAGCAAGCUUUGAAAAAUAAGGAGAAGGAAAAGGAAAAGGCCAAAAAGCAACAGCAGGAAUUGGAGGAAAAGGCUAAGGCGAAGAAAGAAGCCGAGGAGAAGGAAAAGGCCGAGCAAAAGCGCAAGCAGCAACUGGCCGAACAGCAAAAGAAACAGCAGCAGGAGCAGGAGCAACGCGAAAAGAAGGAGCAGGAAGCCAAAGCGAAACGGGAAGCCGAAGAGAAGCGCCUGCGAGAAUUGGAGGAGAAGCGAAGGCUGAAGGAGGAGAGGAAAGAGGCGGAGCUAAAGAGGAAGCAGGAAGCCGAAAUGAGUAUUAAGAAGAAGCAGGAGGCGGAGCAGGAGAAGGCCAAGGAGGAAGCGAGACAGAGACAACUUGAGGAGGAGAGAGAACGCGAGAAGGAAAGGGAAAAGGAGAGGCAGAAGGCUGCUGCGGCCGAAGCCAAGAAGCAACAACAAUUGCAACAGCAGCAGCAAGCUGCCGCCGCCGCCGCAGCAGCUGCUGCUAUGGCAAGCAGCAACAAAUCAGCACCAUGGAGGCCUUCAACGGAAUCAUCACCGAAUUCUGUGAGCAGCCUGAGCCUUGCCGAGAUUCAGAGACUUGAAAAGGAAAAGAAGGCCGAACAACUUAAGGAACAGCAAGCGCAGCAAUUGGCUAUGCGCCAGCAGGCGGCUUUGCUCAGGGAGCAGGAGUUGGCGGCUGCAAAUGAGCGUUCUGCAAUGCAAUUGAAAUGGGCUAACCAGAAACCACAGAAUUCUGGCAAAGUUAAGUCUUUGGCAGAAAUUCAAGCUGAAGAGAUGGCCAAGCAACAAGCUGCUGAUCGUUUAGCAGCCCAGCAACGAGAACGUGAAUCACCAGUUGUGAUUCAACAAAGCCCUAGCAUUUGGUCGAGUGCUUCAUCUCUGAAUUGGUCAUCAACUGCUUGGAGCUCCAAUGCCGGUUUCUGGGAUGAACCCCCAACAACUGUGAAUGCUGCCCAAAACAAAAACCAAGCCAAGUCCAACGGCAAACAAAAUAGCCCCAAAAACCAAUCUGUAAAUAAGGUCAAUGCUGUUGCCAAUCACGUCAAUCACAAUGGUAACCAGAAGACGAACUCUGUGCCAUCGAAGCAAGACAAGAACACCGCUGUCAAUAAUAACAUCAAUUCUAAUAACAAGAAAAAGAAGAAUAAUGACAAAGACGAAUUUACCAACUGGUGUACCAAAGCUAUGUCCUCCAUAAACAGCACCGUCGACGCGCCUACAUUUAUCAGUUUCUUGAGUGAUAUUGAUUCUCCCUUUGAAGUUAAGGACUAUAUACGCACGUAUCUAGGUGAUAGCAAGGAGGCUAUUGAUUUCUCGAAGCAGUUUUUGGAGAAGCGUUCCCGUUUCCGAAAUCAGCAACGUUUGGCUUCUGCACACAUUGAUGAUAUGUGCUCUCCUGCACCAGCCGUUAAUCCUGGAUCAGAGUUUCAUGAGGUAGUAGGUAAAGGCAAGAAGUCGAAGAAGAACAAAAUGCAAAAGGUGGACAGCAGAAUCCUCGGCUUCAACGUCACAGCCGCCCAAGACAGAAUCAACAUUGGAGACCGCGAUUACGGUGACGCCAAUUAAUAAAAUGUGCUUAAAACGCGAAGUGAAAAAAGUUUUGUUAAAGUAAAUUUUGUUGAAGGAUUGUUAAUAUAACAAGAAUAAUGAAAUUAUACCUUUCAGUGAUAUAUGAACCAACUUGAAUUGACUAGAGUUCCUCCUUCUCCUCCGUACGUACAAUAUAAUAAAUAUUAUUUGUCAUACAUUGCUCCGAUACAAAAGUUCAUUUACAUUGCAAAUGAUUUUGCAAACACUUAACAUUAUAAUUUUAAUUAAUUCACUUGCAACAGUUGCAAUAUAAUUUUAUUAUUGAGUUUUUUUCCUUAUAAUUAGAUUGUAAGAAGGCCAGAUAUUUAA